AUGAAAGGUUUAAUUCUAGUUGGUGGUUACGGUACCAGAUUGAGACCUUUGACCUUGACGGUCCCAAAACCAUUGGUCGAGUUCGGUAACAGACCAAUGAUUUUGCAUCAAAUUGAAGCUUUGGCUAAUGCUGGUGUCACUGAUAUCGUCUUGGCUGUUAACUACAGACCAGAGGUUAUGGUUGAGACUUUGAAAAAGUACGAAAAGGAAUACGGUGUUUCUAUCACUUUCUCCGUUGAGACUGAGCCAUUAGGUACCGCUGGUCCUUUGAAAUUGGCUGAAAAGGUCUUGAAGAAGGACAAAUCUCCAUUCUUUGUUCUAAACUCCGAUGUCAUCUGUGACUAUCCUUUCAAGGAGUUGGCUGAUUUCCACAAGGCUCACGGUGGUCAAGGUACCAUUGUCGCUACCAAGGUCGAUGAACCUUCCAAAUACGGUGUUAUCGUUCACGACAUUGCUACUCCAAACUUGAUUGACAGAUUCGUUGAAAAGCCAGUUGAGUUUGUUGGUAACAGAAUUAACGCUGGUUUGUACAUCUUGAACCCAGAAGUUAUCGAUUUGAUCGAAUUGAAGCCAACUUCCAUCGAAAAGGAGACUUUCCCAAUCUUGGUCGAACAAAAAUCUCUUUACUCCUUCGAUUUGGAAGGUUACUGGAUGGAUGUCGGUCAACCAAAGGAUUUCCUCUCUGGUUCCGUUCUUUACCUAAAUUCUUUGGCUAAGAACCACCCAGAGAAAUUGGCUAAGGGUGAUAACAUUGUCGGCAACGCUCUUGUUGACCCAUCCGCCAAGAUCUCCCCAAGCGCUAAGAUCGGCCCAGAUGUCGUCAUUGGUCCAAACGUUACCAUCGGUGACGGUGUCAGAAUUACCAGAUCUGUUGUUCUAAAGGACUCUACCAUUAGAGCUCACUCUCUUGUGAAGUCUACUAUCGUUGGUUGGUCUUCUACCGUUGGCCAAUGGUGUCGUCUAGAAGGUGUCACUGUCUUGGGUGAUGACGUUGAAGUUAAAGAUGAAAUCUACAUCAACGGUGGUAAGGUCUUGCCUCACAAGUCCAUCUCCACCAACGUUCCAAAGGAGGCUAUUAUUAUGUAA